UGUCAAGAGGAGGAGGAGGAAGAAGAUGAUGAUGAUAUUGAGGAUGAGGGCAGUCCGGUUGAAAAGAUCACAGAGUUUAGGUUCAUUCCAUUGUCACCUGAUAGCUUGGAUAGUAUGUAUUCUGCACUGUGUGAAUGUCAGGCUCUCUAUCCAGACUCUGAGCUCUCUUCUGACAGUCAGGCUGACGAGGAGGAGGAGCUAGGUGAAGGAGUAGAACUGAUAGAAGAUGAAGGAUCAGCGAGAGGUCUCUUUUAUACGUCGGCAGAGGAAGGAUUCCCUCACUUGUCAUCUCAGGGAAUGGCUACAUUGCAACAUUUAGAACAAGUAAUUCAGAUGCCAAGACCUGAAGAAUUUGAAUCAAUGGUUCAAGAAGGCUAUAGCAAUGGAGGACAGUAUGAAGAUGCUAACGAAGAGGAAGGAGGAGGAGAAGAAGCUCAAUGACAUUUUGUUUCUCUCAUAAGUCUUAAAAUACAUGUAUACAUAAACUCUCAACAUGACAAUAAUUAUUUUUAUUUAAUUUUACCGGGCUCCGUAAUCUACUCCGUAUUUACCUGAAAUACCUCCGUAUUACAUUAAAAUGGCGGCCAAGAGAUCAGCCACUGCUCAGUUGACUUCUGAUAACUGGGAACAAGAGGACGAAAAUGAAGAGCCCGCUAAAACUGGAUUUGCAAGAGCUUCUGCUGAAGAAUUAGAAAAAAGACCAAUGAAAACUGCCAGGAGGACACUUGCAACAGGAGGAGCCAAGGCGGGAGGAAAGUUAUUUUCUUCUAUUGAUCUCACCAGAGGCUUGAAACCUUUUGGUUCGUCGCUAUUAUCAGCAAAACCUCCUUUCCUUCCUGCCACAUCUCAGCCGCCAUUAAUGUCCUCAUCUCUAACCACACCCUCUUUUAUGACCCCGCCCCAAACUGACACUCAUUCGAAAUACAUCAAAAAAUUGUGUGCACUGAAUGAAAGUGUUAGCCAGUGGAUUAGCGACCACGUCAAGAAGAAUCCUUGUAUCGAUCUGACUCCGAUAUUUGAAGAUUAUAAGAAAUACCUGAAGGAGCUAGACGCUGAGAAAGAGGGCGUGGAGGAAACAGUUGCCAUGACGACAACGAGUGAAACUGUUACCAUGGAGACUGGAGAUAAAGGGAAUGAGGCGAUGGAGAAUGGAGGAGGAGCAGACGAUGAAGAGGAAGAAGAGGAACAACCUGAGGAAACAGAAAAAGAAGAGAAGAAACAGCUAGACCUUAUUCAAGAGCCAGAAGACGAUACAGACUGUCUCUUUGCCCUCCGCACUAAACUCUACUACAAGAAAGACGACAAAUUUGUCGAGCUUGGCAUAGGAAAACUCCGUGUGGAAGAAAUAGAAGGAGGAGGAGUGAGACUGCUACUGAGGAAUGAUACAACACUUAAGCAGAUUCUGUUAAAUGUUCGCAUCAAUUCCCAAGUACCCAUGACCCUUCAGAAGAAUAGCCUCCUCAUUGUCUGUCCUCCUAAUCCUCCAUUGGAGUCCAAGUCUCCCAGCAAGUCCAGUGAUUCUCCUGAUGAUGCCACGCCCCCUCCAGUCACGUAUGCUCUAAGAGUGAAGGAUAGUAACAUGGCUGAGCAGCUUCAUAGCACCAUAAAGAAUAAAUUAUAAUAAUAAUAAUGACUUUAAUUAUCUAUUUAAUAAUGUGUUUGGUUUCAUACCUUUCACUAAUAAUUAUUUUACUAAGCUAAACCUACACUUCAUUGAGAUGUAUGUAUGCUAUGCAACUAGUGAUAAUAAUGUUUGCUCUAACAUUGAAUUUGCAAAGUGUUCAAAUUUUUCUGGAAAAAUCAUUAAAAUGUUCAAA